UCGCCCGCGCGCAGAAGUCUCGGACCUCCCGACUUGUAACGACCGUGACUCCCGAGAGGAACCGUAGUUGUUGUUGUUGUUGUUGUUGUUUUUAACGGCACGAUGUUGACGGGUUUCACCGGUUUUUACCGGUUUUAACGGUUUUUAAAAACGUGUCCAGCAACGGCCGGUGACGGGAAUGAGGCUAACUGACGGUCACGUUAGUCAACAGCGAGGUUACAGCUCACGAGCACUUUGCUGAACAAUGUUGUUGCCAGCCAACCUCAACUGAGAUGACAAAACUCCCACUUCGUGCAGUCGCUCGAUGGAACCCGUGUAGUUUCGCACAGAAACUUAUUGACAAGCGAGACUCCAUCCAGCAUGCAUCGGCACUCGUCGAAGGAGAUUGUGCUACGCCUUAAGAUUCCUUAUCAGCGAUCUUGGACUUUCUAUUGAGUUUAGAUUGAAUCGGUAUCAGCAGUGGAACUUCUUGGAUGUACACGAACGACACCCGACAAAGAGGUAAAAGUGUGUAUUUAUCAUGACAAGCAGACGGAGGGACAAAGCAAAGUGACAAGUCGGUCGACGGAGGACUCGCAAUGCCGGAAAAGGUGCAAGAUUUUCAGGAAAAGUGGAAGUUUGGAGAAGAAGCUGCGGAGGUGCAUUUUGCGCCGGACAGUGCGGUCGACUCCAGCGAUGGAGAGGGCGCCACGGUGGAGCUCGGCGACACCGGUGAAAGGAAAGACGGAGUAAGCAGCGACGUUAACAUUUUCAAAGGAAAUGACGGGUACAAAAGCAAAUUAAAUGCCGACGACUCAGGACUCAGUGAAUCCCAGGUUUCCGUAGAGGUCGGUGUGGCUAAAACAGAGCAGGCGCCCGCACCUCUCGAGGCCAACCCGUUGUCGAAGGGAACAGGUGUGACCGCGCAGGCUCCGAGUCAUGAUGCCCCGGUCGCCGAUACCGACAACAGCGCCGACGCCUGUGAUGGACGCUCCGGCGAAAAGAGGGAAGCCAUCCCUCUCGUUGGUGUUCCUGAACCCAGUUUGGAAAACUCCGUCGUCUGCGGCUCGCCCGAAUUCCCCGACGCCGUGUACAAAUACGGCCAAACGAGGGACAGCAUCGUCGAUAUCAGGUGGGGCGACGAAUGCGCCGACGAGGACAUGCGGAGCACCCGGUCCAGGCGCAGUGUGAAAGAGGGGGUGUGCUGCUGCUACCAGGCGGUCCACAGGGCGUUCCUGCAGUGCGUGGAGGAGACUCCGGCCAUGCUGUCUGGACUGGUGCUGUCUUUGGCCUUCUGUGUGGCCAUCAUCGUCCUCAUUCCCGCCACAGGGAGGAACAUCGACGCCCACGUGGCCGCUCUGUCGGUUCUGUGUGUGGUUCUCUGUCUGAGCGCCGUCCUGCUCGUCUGCCUGCCCUGGCUGGCCACCGUGAGGCGCUGCGGCGGAGCCCUGGCCCUCUUCGUCUGGGGGACGCUGUACGUCAUCGCCAUCGUCUUCAUCUUCACGGGCGGACCCGUCACCGCGUGGGAACAGGUGGCGUUUUUCCUCUUCCUCUCUCUGAGCGUGUACACGGUGCUGCCUCUCUCUCUGACCUGGGCCCUGAUGGUCGGGAUCGGGACCAGCCUGUCGCACAUCAUCAUCAUCAGCGUGUACGUCCCCGUCACAAACCCGGAGAAGCCCGAGCUUGUGAUGGAGCUGGUGGCGAAUGUGCUGCUGUUGGUGUGCGUCAACUUGGUCGGGAUUUUCCACCUGUGGAUGACCGAGCAGGAUCGCAGGAUAUCCAAUCACAAGAGAGAGCAGUUCAGCGCCAUACGCUCCCAGAAGAAAAUAAGGAAAUAUCAGCAGGAGCAGCUCCUCCUGUCGGUGUUGCCGCGGUACAUCGCCAUGGAGCUGAAAACCGAGGUUAUAAACAAGCUCUUCAAGUCCAAGAGCGAGGUGAAGUGUGAAUCCAACCACCACAACUUCCACAGCCUCUACAUACGCAGGCACAACGACGUCAGCAUCCUGUAUGCAGACAUCGUGGGCUUCACGAAGCUGGCGAGUAGCUGCUCGCCAGAAGAGCUGGUCGCCGUGCUCAACAAGCUCUUCGGCAGAUUCGACGACAUCGCCAAGAAGAAUGGGUGUCUCCGCAUCAAGAUCUUGGGUGACUGCUACUACUGUGUUUCUGGUCUGCCCGACCCCAUCCCAACCCACGCCAGGAACUGUGUUCAGAUGGGUCUGGACAUGUGCACGGCCAUCAGUAAACUGCGAGAGGCGACGGGGGUCGAGAUCAGCAUGCGGGUGGGUGUCCACAGUGGCAACGUGCUCUGCGGUGUGAUCGGCUUGCAGAAGUGGCAGUACGACGUGUGGUCACAUGACGUCACGUUAGCCAACCACAUGGAGUCUGGAGGUCUCCCUGGGCGGGUCCAUAUCACGGAGGAGACGAUGCAGCACUUGAACGGAGCGUACGAAGUGGAGAACACGGACGGUGGGAGUCGGGAUGCUCUUCUUAAAGACAGAAAAACCUACCUGGUGAUCGACCCCCACCAGCCGGACAGAAGUAUCAGGAGACCCAAAGUGGCCAACGCUCUCACGCCAGGCGAGACCAGGCAGCGGGCGUCCAUUCGGAUGUCUCAGUACCUGCAGUCCUGGCGGAAUAUCACCCCCUUCGCCGACCUCAGCGACCCCGGUGCCGCGCCCCCCAAGAAGCCCAUCGCCACCGCCAAUUUCUCCAUCAACCAAUCACAGGGGUCGACGGAAAAGCCACCUUACCAGAACAACCCCGACUGUCCCAGUCUGGUGGUGGAUAACCAAGGUCGGGGAUCACUGGACACGGCGGACGACACAGUGAGGAGAACAAAGACGCUCAACUGUCUGACCCUGAUGUUCAACGACUGGAGCCUGGAGAAAGAGUUCAGCCUCUCGGAGGUCAAAGGUCUGCACCACUCAAUGAGCUGCAUGGCGUUCAUCUUCGUCACCAUUUUCGCCGUCCAGAUGCUCGUCUCUGAAAAAAAUUUUGUGAUGGCGGUGUCGUACGGCGUGACCUUCCCCGUGCUGGUGCUGCUCUUGUCCGUCGCUUUCACUGGAUACUUGGAGAAGUGGCGCACCAAGAUGCCGCUGAGCGUCCAGUGGAUAUCGAGCUUGUCGCGCAGCGUCUCCAGCAGGGCGGCGCUGCGACUGUUUGUGUCCGUCCUCUGCGUCCUCACCACCCUGAUCAUGGCCAUCCUCAACUAUUUUUUCCUCCCCGGAAACAACUGCAAGCUGAUGACCAACAACACGGAGCUGCAGAAUCUCAAACUCCACACUGGUCCUUACUACCUGUACUGCUGCCUGCUGGCCAUGCUGGGGGUGGUCGUGUUCGUCAGGACGAGCUUGUCCGUGAAGGCUCUGCUGCUCACGCUGGCCGUGGUGGUUUACCUGGCCCUCUUCCUCCACGUCCACGCCCCGAGGUCCGCCUGCCUCGUCGACCUGCUUUACAACGACACCAAGCCGGGCAUCCUGAAGGACCCUCAGAUCAUGUCCGGGGUCUGGCUGGUCAUCUUUUACAUCGUAUGCCUCAUACUGGCCAGACAGGACGAGCUGGGCUGCCGCGUCGACUUCCUGUUGCGCCGCUGUUUCAAGGCGGAGAGAGAGGAGAUGGAGACCAUGGAGAACGUCAACAAGCUCCUCCUCCAGAACGUCCUGCCGCUCCACGUCGCCUCCUUCUUCAUGGGCAAAACCAUUCGCAACCAGGACCUUUACAGCCAGUCGUACGACUCCGUGUGCGUGAUGUUCGCCUCGGUGCCUCAGUUCAAAGAGUUCUACAGCGAGAGCAGCGCCAACAGGGACGGUCUGGAGUGCCUGCGCUUCCUCAACGAGAUCAUAUCGGACUUUGACGAGAUUCUCUCGAAGCCCAAAUUCUGUUCGGUGGAGAAGAUUAAGACCAUCGGCAGUACGUACAUGGCUGCUGCGGGGCUGAGGCACGCUCCUCAGGGGGAGGAACAAAAGAAGGUGGAGAUGUCCUACACCCACGUGCGCACCAUGGUGGAGUUCGCCAUCGCUCUGAUGGACAAACUGGAGUUCAUCAACACGCACUCGUUCAACAGCUUCAAACUCCGGAUCGGAAUAAACCUCGGCCCCGUGAUCGCAGGAGUGAUCGGAGCUCACAAACCUCAGUACGACAUCUGGGGGAACUCCGUCAACGUGGCCAGCAGGAUGGACAGCACGGGAGUGCUGGACAAGAUCCAGGUGACGGAGGAGACGGCCCAGAUAGUCAUGAGCGUGGGGUACAGAGUGACCCUCAGAGGGGUCGUCAACGUCAAGGGCAAAGGGGACCUCAACACCUACUUUGUGAACACCCCGCCGUCGCCUCACUUCUGAGCUUCCACGGAACUCAUCGCCCGAUGUUAAAGAACCCGGGGGAACCAGACGGCAGGGUCUGACCCCGACGCUAAACCCCCGUGAUCGUCACGACCUUCCGCGCGGACUCGAUGUAGCGUUUCCCCCCGUUGAUGUUUUUUAACGUCCGCGAAAGGAGCCGCCUUUGUCUUUCUGAUGAGACACUCGGGGGUCAAAUGAAGACGACAGCCGGCGACUGACAGCAAAGAGCUUUCUAUCAAAGGCUGGAGAACCACGUCGCUCACCGUCCCUGGGUUCAUGCCCCAUUACGCACCUUUAACUGUAUUAUUCUGAGAACAUAGGACCUGAAAUCAGACUGUGGUACGGUUAACAUGGCCGACAGUGUUCAUGCGUGACUAAUUUACAGUUUGAUGAAGGAUAUUAUAGAGGUAGCUCAUGCCUCAAAUAAGCAAGAUUAAAAAUGUGUUUUACGUUAUUUACUAUUUUUCAAAGCUGCGAAAACGGCAUUUUGCGAUUCAACCCUCUUUUUUUUCGGAUUUAAAUGUUCCGUGGUACAGAACAGGCUGUGUCUUUAAAUGUAGGACCUCCGAGGGUUCGACGAGACGACAUCAGGGGGUCACAAAACGAUUCAUCGGAAAGAAGAACAACACUAGCUUUGUUGUUGUUGUCUCUAAUCUAUGCUUAUAUUGUUAAAUCCUCCAUAGCAUACCUACUAAGCAAAAAUGGAUAAUAUUCAAACUCACUCACAUAAACCUGUACAGGUACACACAGCUUUUUUUGGGGGGUGUAAAACCCCCCGAAAAAAAGGAAAGGAGCCACUGGCCAGUGGUCUGAUCUCACUCACUGUUGCCAUGUAGAUUUCACAACUGCCCCAAACUGACACAUGAUGCUGCAACACACGGUACAAGGAUGUGUGUUUUUGCUAUGAAAAGUCAGAUAAUGCACAUUUUACAUUGCACUAUAAUGUUUUUUUCUUCUUCUUCUUUCUUUUAAGCAAUGUAAUAUAUAUAUAUAUAUAUAUUUAUGUGAGGGGAUGACGUGUGAAUGUAAUUAAAGAGUUUGAGUAUGUUCAGUACACGGAAAUAUUUUUCUAUUCUAUUUAUAAACUAAUAC